UCGACUAGGUAUUGCUGAUUUUAAGGUUAUGUUGUCAAAGAUUGUUUACAACUGUUUUUAUACUUGAUAUUUUCGUUUAUUAAUUAUGGAAAGUCAAAAUGAAAAUUCACAUAAAAAUAUGAAGCGGAAAAAGAGAAGAUCAGCAAUGCAAAUGGCAAAGAAAUUUGCAAGACGUCGUAAUUACGAUGGUGAACUUGAUACCGAAACUUAUCAAUAUAUGGUGCACGUUUUAGAGAUAAUUCGAAGUGAAUUUCCAACAAUGAGUGAUAAACAAAUUUUCGUAGACAAUGUGUAUCAACAAACCAAUGGUAGAGAGAUUGAAUUUGCAAGGAAUCAGGUCGGCUCCAGAGUUCUUGAUUCCUUAAUUAAAUAUGCCGGUUUUGAUACAAUAGUUAGAUUUGCCGAAUCUUUUAACGAGGUGCUAAGACCAUUCAACAGCGAUAGAUUUGCAUCUCACGUUUUACAAAAGCUUAUAUGCGUUUGUGCGCACAGAGGCAACAUAACAGAUGCCGAAGAUCAUGCCGAUACUGAGAAAGUCAAGCAUUCGGAAGCUCUGAAGUACAAUGAAAUUGCUUUAAAGCUAUGCAAAUAUUCGAUAAAUAAUGUAGAGGAAUUCAUUUGGGACAUGUACGCUAACCAUGUUCUAAGAACUGCAAUAGAAUGUCUUGGGGGUCUAAUUGACCUCAGUGAAAAUAACGAUAAAAAAAAAUUCUGUCCCAAUCUUCAUACAAGAAGAAAAGUAAUUAAAGAAUAUACAGACUUACUGAUCGCUACUUGUCAACGCCUUUACGACUUACCACAGUUUCCAGAAUUUAAUCAUGAUAAUUUGACUUCUGGUUUAGUACAGUCGACUUUGUACUCAUUGAAAGGCAUUGAUUCGGACCUAAACAGUUGUAUCAUUAAAAAAAUUUGUAACGAUUGUUUCACUGGUAACGACGAAAACAAGUUAUCAAAUAUCUUUCUUAACGAAUGCUCAAUGAGAUUGUUAGAAGUUUGCCUAUCUGUAUCCGAACCAAAAGAUUAUACAAUAAUUUAUGAGAGAUUCUUUGAAAAUCACUUAGGCGAAUUGUCACUGAUGAAGGGUGCCAAUUUUAGCGUGCAAAGAUUGUUCGAACAUUGUCAUACGAAAGAAAUUAUGGAAAAGAUAUUUGAUGAGAUUUCAGAACAUUUAAAGGAUAUUCUUUUAAAAGGGCAUACUGGUAUUUUCUCUAGCUUAGCUAAAGCCUGCGGUAGACUUCGUGCAAAGCAAGGUUCUUUCAUAAAUAUAAUAUGCAAGAUUUUAAACUGUGAACAGAAUGACAGGCAAACACAUAUUGUUUCGCUAGUUAGCACAUUAAAAACUUACGAAGAAUACCAAAACGAGGGUAAAACUAAAUUACCCAUAAAUUUACACGGGAGUUUAACAGUUCAAGCGAUGUUGAAUUUCAACAAACCGAUAAAGAUAGUAAAUUCGUUACUGGGGAUAAGUGCUGAAGAGUUAUCAGAAUUGUUCGACGAUCCGAAAGGUAGUAGAAUUAUGGAUGCCUUUAUGGACAGUGAGUAUAUCGGUGAAAAGAGUCGAGACAAACUUGCUAAGUGUCUUCAAGGCACAUGGGCAAAACUUGCCUGCAGUACACAUGGUUCGAGAAGUCUAGAUAAAGUAUGGGCUUGGGCUAAACAAAACCAAAAACUUAUUAUUAUGGAAGAGUUAGCCGAUAUUGGUGAAUCUCUUCGCUCAACUAACGCUGGACGAAUAAUAUCAACAAAACUAAAUGUUGCGUUAUUUGCAAGGAAUAAACAGGAUUGGUUGCAGUCUCAAGGAAAAGAAGAAAAAACAAGAGCUCUUUUUGCAGACAUAAUUGGUAGUGCAAAGAAAGCAACUUUGUGAGCUUCUUUUUAUUGAGAUAAUGUAAAAUUGUUAUAGAAUAUUACAUAUUGCUGUAUCUUUUUCGACUAUUGCAGCCUUUAACAACUUCAAGUUUUAAAUAGCCAAGUUCUUAUGUUAUCGCAGCAUUUUGUUUAAUUAUUUAAUAUAUAUGAAAUUGUUAAAGUCCCUUUUG